AUGGUGCAAGGCGGCUACGGUGGUGCCCUCGACACCCCGAGGUCCAACAUUGGAGAUGCCACCUACCUCAGUCGAGCGCCAGACUUUGCCGAUAUCUCACAAGAGGCCUCUUUUCACUCGCCACAGAAGGAAAGCGGCAAUAUUCUGCAGCAGCUGCGUAAUAAACGCUCCAAUGGCAACGGCGUCAGCAUCAGAACACCUCGCCGCGAUCCUCUGACGGACCGGAAUAACUUACCACCCAGCAUAGGCGGCGCCGAAUUUACACCGCUGCUCAAAUCGGCGACGAGAAACAGCGGUCGCCGCCGAGGAGGCAAGGAGAAUGGCGCUAUGAGCCUGACGCCCAACCUGAGCCGCAUCGACGAGAAUGACUUGACGCCAGUGCCACGAAUGGACGCGUCCAUUUACUCGUCAUCACGGAACCAAUCAUAUCUCGACCAUACAAUCCCGCAGAUCGACAGUAGUAGCGUUACUUCGACACCCCUUGCGAUGACUUCGAGACGUGGUGACAAGGGUCCGUUGCAGGACGGCAACCAGCUUUCGCUCCGAGAACAAGAAAACGUCAUUGACAAGAUCGAAAAGGAGAAUUUUGGGCUUAAACUCAAGAUCCAUUUUCUGGAGGAAGCCCUCCGUAAAGCCGGCCCUGGCUUCAAUGAAGCAGCUCUGAAGGAGAAUACCGAGUUGAAGGUAGACAAGGUUACCAUGCAAAGAGAGUUUCAUCGCCAUAAAAAGCUUCUCAUAACAUCGGAGCGGGAGCUGGAAGGAUGCCGACAGCAAAUACUCGAAUUGCAGAGCAGAACGUCUCACAGCCGAGAGGACAAUGGUCUCCGCGCCGAAAUGAAAACGUUGCAGCAACAACUGGAAGACAAGGAAGAAAAUGUUCGCGAACUGCAUCGUCAACUUGCUGCGGUUCAAGGCAAUCAAGAGCAGUUGGAGAGGCUGCAGGAUAGCAUCGAGGACCUGGAAGCGGCUCUUCGAGACAAGGAUCGCCAAUUGACAGAGAGAGAAGACGAAAUUGAGGACCUAAAAGACAAAGUUGAAGAGGCGGAAGUAAGGAUCAUUGAUGCAGAGAAAAGGGCCAAGGAGGCCGAGGAAAAUGACCAGGGCGAUGACGAGCUUGACGAAGCAAGAGAAACGAUUCAGGACCUAGAGCAGAACAUUUGCCGUCUAGAGGAGCAAGUCGACGAACUCAACGAGAAAAUUGAAGCAGCUGCUACUGAAAAAGACCGAGCUGAGCGAGACUUGGAGGAACUUCAAGAAGAAAUGGCCAACAAAUCUGUUGUUUCUAAGGGCCUCUCUGGACAGAUAGACGAGAGAGUCACACGACUGCAAGAUGAGCUUGACAAGGCCGGUGAAGACUACGCUACACUGGAAAAGGAAUACACAGAGGCCAACGGCGAAAUCGAUGAGCUCAAGGCCAAGGUUAAUCAGCUGGAGCAUGAGCAGGCAACCAUGCGACAAGGAAACCCGGAAAUGGAGGCCAGGAUUUUGGAGCUUGAAAUCGAGCUGCAAACCCGAAUAGACGAAAAGGAUUUGAUUCAAACGCGACACGAUACUCUGACUGCAGACUCAGCAUCGCUUCAACGAGACGUGCAGCGACUUCAAAAUGAGGUUGAGGACCUCGAAAGCAACGUAGCCAAGGAAAGAGAGUAUGCCGUUGAGAUUGAAAAAGACCUCCGCGGACAAUAUGAAGAGGAACUCGAACGCCUCAAUGACGUCAUUUCCGACUUGCAGGCUGAAAUACGCGAAAAGGAUGAUGUAUACGAUAACGACAGUGAGAAAUGGGAGACGGAGAAGCAAACUUUGGAGGCUGAGCGCAAUCGUGCGGAGGAAAAAGUUGCUGGACUUGAAAGAAUAAUCAACCGUCUGCGCGAAGCGGAAGGAUCUCUGUCCGAUAAAGGAUCCAGACUGCAGGAUGGCCUGAAGAUGGAGGAAGAGCGACAUCGCAGCGAGGAGGCACUCAUGGCAAGGCAAAUAGACGAUCUCCAAGAUGCUCUGGAAACUCGGCAGAAAAUGUUGAGUGAUCUUCGAGGCGAGCUCUCUACCGUGCGCGAUGAUUUAAGACAGGCGCAGGUCGACUAUCAGACUCAAGCAAACAAGGUGAUAUCGUUAGAGGGUCAAGUUGAAGCGCUUCGCAAUAGGCCGGCCGUCAUGACUACACCUGCUCGUCGUGAGGGCGAUGCUCUGAAGCGUGAGUGUGAGAGUCUACGCGAGCAGCUUCGAACCCUGCGCUUAAGCACUGAAGGAACUCGCGGCGCUGCUGAAGCCACUCCAGUGCGUGGCUCGCAAACGCCAACGCGUCUCAAAUGGCAGCUUACAGAUGCUACCACCAAGCUUGACAAGGUGUCCUCGGAAAAGAGGUCUCUGGAAGACAACUUGGCCUCGAUGCGGGCUGAGCUACGCAAUACUCAGACUUCGCUAGCCGAGGUCAAGGCUGAGCGUGAUGAGCUAGAUGGCCAGCUGCGCCGAGCGAAGCUCCACGAUAACGACACGCUUCGCGUGGACCAAGAACGUCUUGAUCUGCGCACUGCCAAGCUGAAGCUCGACGGCGAGGUGCGCCGCCUGCGCGACGAGAACAAGGCUCUGUCGGAACAGCGACAGUCUGUAGAGCAAUCGCUUGAAAGCGAAAUUGAAAAAGCCGCGGCUGAGGAGGAUAGGCUAAACCAGGAAAUCAUGCAGCUCCAGACCAAGCUGCGACAGGCGUCGUCUACAGAGACGGCAGACAAUUCUACGACCCGCCGUACGAUCCGUGAUUUGGAACGUCGCGUGGAAGAUUAUCAGGCACAACUAGCCUCUGCUCAGGCCCUCCUCGACGGCGACGGCAGCAGCGAGGUGUCCAUUAUCCGACGCGACCUGACGAGCGCGCGCCAAAAGGAAGUCGAGUUUCUGCAGCGCGAGGCGGCCAGCAAGGACAUCAUCAAGAGCCUGCGGCGUGAGGUGGCGGAUCUGGAAAGCAAGCUCCAUCACCACCAGGUCUCGCGCAUGGCGGGCUCGCCCAACGCCAGCCAAACGGCCAACGCGACGUACGGCGGGUCGCAGGUUGUCAUGGCCGAGGAACUUCAGCAGCAGCUCGACGACGCAGAGGACCAGCGCGUGGUGCUGGAGGAGUUUCUCGAGGAGGCGCGGCAGCAGGCCGAGGAGACGGCCGCCGAGCACGCUCAGGCCCUGCAGCGUCUGCAGCACCAACUCGACAAGGCGCUGCGCGACCGCGACGCCGCGGUCGCCGCUUCCGCAUCACCGUCCUCUAAGAACAAAGAUCGCCGCAGCAGCAGCAAAGAGGCACGGCACCUACGGCAAACGCAAGCAGAGAUUGACAACUUGGAGCACGACGUGCGGCAGCAGCAAGCGCUCAUCGAUGGCCUCGUGGCUUCAGAGGUGGCGCUCCGGCGUAAAUUAGAACGCACGCGCAGCGAGCGUGCUGCGUAUCGCGUCAGCGCGGAGAAGCUGCAGCGCGACGUGGCGGGUCUGCGACGCGGGACGGGUCUCGUCGAGGCGGAGACGGCGCUCGAGACGCUGGUGCGCGCGGCGGAUGGCGCGGCGGAGCGUCAUCGUAAAGAGCUCCGGGGUUUGGUCAUGCAGAUGGACUGGAUGCAGGCGCGCUGGGAGCGCGAGGCGGCGAAGCGCACCGAUGCAGCCUACGCCAAGAAGUUUAUCCAGCUACAACUGGACAUUUCCACCGCAUGCAACAAGGCUCAACUCCGCGAACUCGAGCACAUUCGCACCAAAAUUCUGCACUCGCGCACACCCCUACCCGCCCCAUCCUUUCUCAAGCAACGCAACAAGCCCACGCUGCGGACGUUUCUCGUGCUGGCGCGUUUCGUGGCGCGCAUGCGCCUCUCGGCGCGUAAAUGGGCUGCGCAGGAAGAGAUCCGCAGGAAGCUGGUGGCGGCGACAGAGGAGAGACGCAAGGCGAAGAGGGGGAGAGGGCUCAAGGUGGUGCGCGUGGAUGAGGGUGAGGACGGUGCUUCGGCGUAA